UGGGGCGGGGAGCAGGCGGCAGCUCUCCGGGUUUUCUCGGAGUGCCGCGGCGGAGUCGCUUUCGUCUUCGGCGGGAUGGGUGUUUUCUCGCGGGCCGCGCCGCGGUGGUUCCUGGCACGGGCGGCGGUGGGGUUGCCGCUGUUGCUGUUGCUGGCGUCCAUCAGCUUGGCGGCUGCUGACGAAGAAGCUGCUCAAGAGGAGUCUUUUGAAUCAAAGUCAACCUUGCCUUCUGAAGAACAAGUGAAGGAUCAUUCAGCAGGAGCUCAAGUGGUAGCAGGUCAGAUCUUUAUUGAUUCUGAAGAUCCAGAGGCUCUAGCUGAAGAUGGAGAUGGUUUUGGAGAAGAGGACAAGGAAAGGACUUUGGAGAGCUUAAGCUCUUUAGAAUUGUCUGCUUUAUUAAAUAAAGACUUGGAAGAAGUAGAAGCAGAAAAAACAGUUUUGACAGCUAUUGGAGGAACUGCAGAUGGCGAGUUAUGUCAGUUCCCCUUUCUCUUUAUGGAGAAGGAAUACUCAGAAUGUACUGCAGAUGGGAGAGAAGAUGGGAGACUAUGGUGUGCGACAACCUAUGACUACAAGACUGAUCAAAAGUGGGGCUUUUGUGAAACUGAAGAGGAGUCUCAUAAGAGAAGACAAAUGCAGGAAGCAGAAGAUGUUUACCAAACAGGGAUGAAAAUUCUUAAUGAGAGCAGGAAGAAGGCCCAGAAGAAGGAGGCUUAUCAGUAUUUCUUGAGAGCCGCUGACAUGAAUCAUACUAAGGCCAUGGAAAGAGUGUCUUAUACAUUAUUGUUUGGUGACUACUUGAAGCAAAAUAUUCAGUCAGCUAAAGAACUGUUUGAGAAACUGACUGAAGAAGGAUCUCCUAAAGGUCAAACAGCACUUGGAUUUCUAUAUGCUUCCGGUCUUGGUGUUGAUUCCAGCCAGGCGAAGGCAUUAGUUUAUUAUACUUUCGGUGCUCUUGGAGGAAAUUUAAUAGCACAUAUGAUUUUGGGCUAUAGGUACUGGGCUGGAAUAGGUGUUCUUCAGAGCUGUGAAUCUGCACUUACGCAUUAUCGCCUAGUAGCUAACCAUGUGGCUAGUGAUAUCUCUCUUACUGGAGGCACAGUGGUUCAGAGAAUUCGUCUGCCGGAUGAAAUAGAAAAUCCAGGAAUGGCAAGUGGAAUGUUGGAGGAAGAUUUAAUACAAUACUAUCAGUUCUUAGCUGAAAAAGGAGAUGUUCAAGCACAGGUAGGGCUUGGACAAUUGCACCUUCAUGGAGGAAGAGGAGUAGAGCAAAAUCAUCAGAGAGCUUUUGAAUACUUCAACCAAGCAGCAAAUGCUGGCAACUCACAUGCAAUGGCAUUUUUGGGGAAGAUGUAUUCAGAAGGAAGUGAUAUUGUACCUCAAAGCAAUGAAACAGCCCUACAGUACUUUAAGAAAGCUGCUGACAUGGGCAAUCCAGUAGGACAGAGUGGUCUGGGAAUGGCUUAUUUAUAUGGAAGAGGUGUUCCAGUGAACUAUGAGCUGGCCCUGAAAUACUUCCAGAAGGCAGCAGAGCAAGGAUGGGUCGAUGGACAGCUUCAGCUGGGCUCCAUGUAUUAUAAUGGCAUUGGAGUGAAAAAAGACUAUAAGCAAGCCUAUAAAUAUUUUAACCUGGCUUCUCAAGGGGGCCACAUUCUGGCCUUCUACAAUUUAGCACAGAUGCAUGCCACUGGCACCGGAGUCAUGCGGUCCUGUCAUACUGCGGUUGAGCUGUUCAAGAAUGUGUGUGAACGGGGCCGUUGGUCUGAGAGACUCAUGACUGCUUACAACAGCUAUAAAGAUGGCAAUACGAAUUCUGCAGUUGUUCAGUAUCUGCUUUUGGCAGAACAAGGCUAUGAGGUUGCACAAAGCAAUGCUGCCUUCAUUCUUGAUCAAAAAGCCAGCAUAAUAGAAGAGAAUGAAACCUAUCCCAGAGCCUUAUUACACUGGAACAGAGCAGCCUCACAAGGUUACACUGUUGCUAGACUAAAACUUGGCGAUUAUCAUUUCUACGGCUUUGGCACAGAAAUUGAUUAUGAAACUGCAUUUAUUCAUUAUCGCCUGGCAACAGAGCAACAGCACAGUGCCCAAGCCAUGUUCAAUUUAGGAUACAUGCAUGAAAAAGGACUUGGGAUUAAGCAGGACAUUCACCUUGCAAAACGCUUCUAUGAUAUGGCAGCUGAUGCUAGUCCUGAUGCUCAGGUUCCUGUCUUCCUUGCACUUUGCAAGUUAGGAAUUAUUUAUGCCUUCCAGUAUGUACGAGAAACCAAUGUCAAGGAGAUAUUUUCACACCUGGACAUGGACCAACUCUUGGGUCCUGAGUGGGACCUUUACCUCAUGACCAUCAUUGCUUUACUUUUGGGUACAGUAAUAGCUUACAGGCAGAGGCAGCAUCAAGGAGUCCCAAGGCCUGCGGGGCCACGACCAGCGGUACCUCCUCAAGAACCUGCUCCAGAACAGCAGCCACCCCAAUAGUAGCAGCUGGAGGUUCAAUGAAGUGAACUGGAAUUUCUAGAUAGGACUCUUUUUGUGAUCUUAUGACAACAGAUCAAAUAGCUACAUGCACACAAGAUUCAAAAAAGUAUUGAAUUGAGAAAGCAGUUUAGAAUUAUGCCUUUUUUCAGGGAUAUGCAUCUUUUUUGAGAUGGAGUGGAAUGUUAUUUCAGUGCCAAUGGAAUAACAAAAUAGAUUUUAUGAAAAAGAAGUGUGCUACUUCAUGCCUACUAUAUUUAGUUCAUUCAGUGCCCUUUUCAACUGUCCUUUGAUUGUUCAAAAAGAAAUAUAUUAUGAGGUUUAAUAUGAGAAUAUCAGACCUUGUGCUCUUUUAAGUAAAUGGUUGUAGUCUUUUCCAAAUAUGUUUGUGAUUGUGAUAAACCGGACUUUAUUUUAUGGUUCUCCCAAUUAUUUUGAAACCAACAUAACCUCUGUAGUGGUAUCAGCCAUGAGGGUCUGGAUGCUUUAACUUAGAAUGACCAGUUAUAAACAGAUAUAUAUUCAUGGGCUACUCUUUCUAGAGGUCAGGUUUAAAAUACGAACUACACCUGUGCAAUGACUAUUUAAAUAAGAUGAAACCUUUUUUGUUUAGCAUUCAGACUUGCUUGAAUUAUGCACACUCAAGAAUCUUUCUGGUAUAUCUUUUCCCAAGUGUACAAGGCAGCUUGUUAAGUCUUCCUUUUUUUUAUUGUUUCACAAGUAUGCCAAGAUUAUCCAAGCAAUGGGCUGAAAAAACGACCAGUGUUAAUCAACCUCUUUAUUUCAGUGGUUUUUUUCUGAAGUAUUUUCUCAUUGGAUAUCAUUGGUUUGCUUUUCAGUCCAUCAUAAUAUAUUCUUAUGAUUCAGACUUAUUUGGGGUUGAAGAUUGUGCAAUUAAGUGUUAUUAAUGUAACUGCUAUCUACAUAUCUCUUUAAAAUAUGCACUCUGAUGUUAUGCUGCACAUGGCUCUUAGAGAACUAGUCAGUGAAUAUGCAUAUGCUAGACUAUCCUAACAGUGUUGUUUUAUAACAACCUUGCAAUUAUGAGCUAUACCAACUAUGCCAGAUUUGGGUAGAAUGCAUGUGAUUUUUAAACCUUUGCAAAAUGGGAAUAGAGUGCAUGGCUAAGAUUGAAACAUGGAAAUUUUCAAAACAGUGAGAUGAGUUAAUAUGAGUUGCUGUAGAAAUCUAAUCCCAAAAUUUCCUUUGCAAUGUCAUGAAAAUAACUUAUUAUUUUUGCUGUAAUAUUAAUUUAUGAAAAUUUUAAGUACUCUACUAGGAAAACGACAAUAAAUUUUGGCUGAAGGCCCAAUUUUAAAAAAUACUUUUUGCUACUUUUGCAAACGUAGAUGGUUCUAGUGCAUCAUUAUAUAAUCUUGAGUACCCUAGAUGGAAUAAUAUAAUGAAAUGCUGUUCUCUGGAAACUAAAUCUCAUAAGUGCAUUUAAGAAGUAUGCAACUUCUGUAUAUAGCAGUAGGCUCCCUCGAGUAAGUUUAGAAUACAGGACGGGAACAACAGAAGUCCCCUUAUAAUGAAAGUGGAGAGAGAGAAAUUGAGUUUGUAUGAAUCUAAAAUACAAGGAUAUUUUUAACAGGAUUGCUUAUAUCUACAGGAAGCUGUUUUAACAGCAAGGCAUGUUUCUUAGCAGUAUUACUGAAGCAGGUAGUUGUGUAGACAGAGCUUUCCUUCCAAUUGUACACAUUGGAUAAGAUGAAAAUUUUCUUGCAAUAAAUAUAAGAUGUCCAAAAAAAAAAAAAAAAAGGAAACUAAUUAAAAUCUGUUCAGUUAUUUGGGCUGCAGUUUUUUUAAAUAAUUUGUAGAAAAUUUACCUAUUUCAGAAGAAAAAAAAAACCUUGCCUCGAGAAACCUUGGCUCUUCUCCAGUAAAAGGUGCAAAUGGAAAAAUGUUCCAAGUCUUUAGUAUGAAUAAUGGUCUGCCCUUGUGUGCAUUGUGUACAGACUCCUAUGUGAUGAACUCCAGAAACUUAUAUUAACAUAAAAUCCAAAUUAUUAUAUUAAAACUUUUUUUUUCUGAAAUAUAAGUAGUAAUUUUUCAAAAUGAUUAAAACAUUUCCAAUGACUUUUCCCUUUGACAUUACUUUUAAUUAUUAUGGUGAGCUAUUAUUUCUGCUCCUUAAUUACAGGAAUGUAACGAUGGAUUCUAUAUGCUUAAAUUUCACUUAAUGUAAUAUCCUGCAUCUAGCACUUGAAAGAAAAUACAAAAUUGCAACAUUUUACACCCUUUGAUCUUUUGCUUUCAAAAGUCAGGAUAAGCAAUAUUCAUACUUCCUGUUUUUAGUGUUGCCUCAUCUAUAUAAAAAUAUUGAUUUAGGUUGUAUGUGCUUUUGAAAAGCAUCAAACUAACUCAGGGAUUUAAGAAUUUGUAGAUUUUCUAGGUUAUCUGCCUAGACAAUUGUAUCUUUGAUUAUUCUGAUCUAUUCUAAAUUGAACUUUUACCAUUUAUUUUUAAUUAAAAUGAACACUACCAGAAUAGAAGUACUUUAGUUCUGUUGAUGCUAGGGAAGAGACUUUAAUUUUUAAAUUUUAAUAUGCAGUAGAGUUUAGUAAGCAACCCACUAAUUUUCGGGAGGAGGGUGAAUUAAACUUAAUCUAAACAGGCUAGUUGACAGGAAUCAAAUUUCUGAACACAAAUUGUUAUAAUUGAAAGGCAUUCUUCUAAACUUACUGGAAUUUAAAGGCUGUUACUAUAAAAACAAAAUGGCUGUAGCAAGCCAAGUAGGAUUAGAACAUAAAGUUGGUUUAGUGUAGGCAAUUAAAGUUCUGUUUAAACUUAGUAAUUUUUCUUACCCAAUCUUUUUUUUAAAAAAAAAUCUUUAUUUUACCAAAUAUGGAAAAUAUUAUCAGAAGAAUGUUUUGGGGAAUAUAAUUAUAUACUGUUUGAAUAUUAUAGUUCAGAUUGUUAGCUGCAUUAACAUGCUAUGCAUACGUAUGGAAAAAUUUAUUCUGUGUAGACCAAACUGUUUUGAGAAUUUAGUCAAGAGUAUUUGAAAUUAUGACAAACAUUUUACCACAUUGGUGAGGUUGUUAGGAUCUGCAUUCCUCCUCUGUAAUAUAAAGCAUCUUAAUCUAGAAUCUGCAAUGUGGCUGUACAUGAGGAUGAAUAUUGAUCUUUGAGAAUGUAUUCCAGUGUAUUAAUUCUGUUCCUUAAUAGUGGUAAGAAACCUGAGAGCAAGUUAUUCUGCAUUUUAAGAAAUUAAAUGUACCGUACUCCGACUAAAGGUGUAGCCAUCACUGUUAGAGCCAAUUGCUGAAUGUAAGGUUUCAAGCAGGUGCAAACACUUGCACAUGCAACACUAUUAUAGUAAAACCAUGUAUCUCCACACCACAGAUCCCUGGUGUAAAUGAUUCAGUUGAUAUGAGUGGAAAGCUCAGUGCGUCUGAACACAAGGCUUUAGUGCAAAUUAAUAUUGAUAGAAACAUGCAAGUCCUGUCUGUCUGAAGCUGGACUUGGGCCAAAAUGCUCUGCUUGCUAUUGGUAAUGAUCACCACGUAUCAGGCCCUUCCAGUCUUUUAAUAUUUUAAACAGAGCACAAUAAACUGAAUUUUUUUCAAAGAAUUGGUAUGAUUUGAAUGAAUGCAUUUGCAGAGAGAAAAUAAAUCUGUAUGUCUGACUUGGACUGACAUACAUUGACAAAAGGAUAAGUCACUAAGUGUGUAUAAGGGGUUUUGUAAAUUUUCUUUUGUAUUUAAGAUGAUGCAGUAUAAAGGCUGGAAAAGUGUAAUAUAGCUGUAAACAAAAUCUGUUAAUAGAGAAAUGUACAGAUUCAUUUUGUAUUAUAUCUUGUUAAAUAAAGAUGCCACUUUGGUGAUUGGCCUGUAAUGAAUGCUGUAAGAGAACUUGUGUUGCCUUUUAUUAAAGAUAUUUUUGAUAAAACAGUGAUUCAUAUUGUUAAACUUUACAUUCCCAUCUUUCAAAUUCAAUAAUGAUUUGUAAUCCAUUGUUUAUUUUCUCAUUGAGUUCUAAAAUAUACACGUCAUCAUGUAUUCCUGCCAUAAGAUAAUUGCUAAGAAUUAUGUUUUUAUGUACUUUAUACCCAAUGAAUGUGUUGGAAGAAUAAGCGAGCAU